CGUCUUCUAGCUUUUUUGCUGAUGAUUUUUCUGAUGUCAAAUUGAACAUCAAGCUACGGCAAGUGGUGGCUCUAUUCUUAGGGGUGUAAGGACUUCGGCCGGGCUCUUCGGCUAGGAUCCCACAUCCGCACGCUCGUAGAACUUGCUUGGCCCGCCAGCGCAAACUACCCACCUAGGCAUGCCUAUGUCAAUCCCGUGUUGCCUUGUUACAGCAAAAUAGUCAUCCAACUAGUUACCGUUGAGUUGUUGCAUGCCUUCCCCUUCCGGUUGAAGACAGCUCAUUCAGUGUUGUAGUCGUGUGUAAGUAGGCUUUGAUUGAAACAAGGAAUUUUCCCCUCCUGCCGGUAGUAACACGUUCUUUUUCAUCCUUGAGCCUCUGAAAGGGAAAAGGAAGGAUAUUCCAACCCCGCUAUUCAUAUCAACGCUGGGAUCAUCAUCAAUCACUAUCAAUUGUGGUUAAGCACCCAAAAGCGAUCCAACCUGCAAUCCGCAUGGAGGUUGGCCCCAGCAGCAACGUUCAUCCACCACAUGCCUGAGAAAGUUAAUUUGACACGGUGCGAGAAUAUCAAUUCAUCUGUCUUUGUGUGAACCAUGACUGCGAACCCUUAGCCAUCAGCAACCCCAUUUUCCGUAUUAUUCUCGUCUCAUUUGAUGAAGUCAUGGCCAUCUUCCAACUCAGCCGUGCACACCCCACGCUCCGAUAAAACAAAUUUGUUGGUCUGCAUUUCCAUUAAUGGUUGCCAGAUAGUUUUGCCUGGACAUUCAUGACUGGAGAGAAGACCUCUCAACCAUUGUGAGUCACGGCCAUGCAGUGACCCGUGAGAAAGUGUGUCGGGCUAAAAUUUAGCACCGAUUCAUUCAAAUUCGACUACCAGCAGGGCUGCCGAGAUGAACUCUUUCAUUUUCCAACUGGGCAAAUACAGCGCCCAUCCUUUCCCAAUUUCUCAAGUUAAACUCGUAUUUGUUCGUCCAAACAGCACUUUUCUUCUAGCUCGGGUUUACGAACUUAGAGAACCCGAUGCGCGGGCCGGCGGAGUGCGGGUGACCUGUGUCUGUCCUGAUCAAUGGCCGCUUUCCCACAAGCAAGGUAUUAGUGGGAUGAUCUGACUCGCCCAGCUGGCAAUGCUUAACAUCGUUUUCGAGGGAGGGGCUAGCGCUGAAACGACGGCCUCCCCAUACAACACCAGUUGUCAGCUACGCGAUUGACUUGUUUAUUGUUUGAAGGAGGGAAAGUUCUGAAAUAUAUUCUUCAUUUGAAUUUCGUUCACGUCCCUUUCGUCUCGAGUCCUGACUACCCGAGCAGCUGCCAAAAUUCCGUCAAUCAAGCUCGGACCUCAAGCCUUGAAUUUUUUUCCCCACUAUGGUAGGGCGAUGUAUGAUGUGCCGUACUGUACGGGUUUUAGCAGGCUUGGUAUUUUGGAUCGUAUCCGUGUAUCGGGAGGCCAUCGAUGGCCACUGAGAUCUGUGAACUAGGCGCUGGGGGGCCAGGCCUAGCUCCUCUCUGCACAAACUCCAACACUCCUGGCCUAUCAACAGGAGCAGAAUUCGAAAAUUUCCAAUUACCCGGAUGCUCCAGGCCGAGGAUUUGUCACGGCCUUGUGAGCCUUGGCAGCAUUUCCCCACAGAGAGUGCUGAUUUGCGUAGCCACAUCUGUGUUAGCACUGAGCCUAGGAUGUCGCAGAGGCAUCUGCUGGUCCAACAACGCCUACAUCUCUAGCUGGAGCGUAUGCCAUUGAAUCUGUCCAGGCCGUACCCGAUGAAUUCCGAUUGCAUUUAUUCGAUAUGUCUCUGUCAGCACUUAAGAAACCUGUGCAAGUGCUUGCUACUAUCAUCAAGAUGUUUUGUACUGUACCAGAACUAAAAAUAGCUUAGUCACCAACAGGAAGCUUGGAAGUAAAUGCCGUUACAAAUACAGCGUACGUACGGGGUACAGAGUACGGAGUACGGAGCUAUUUCGUGGUGUUAUUUUGAUCUUCAUGCAGAGGAAUCCGCACAUCGUAAUAUUGCGCGUGAAUACCAGCCAGGUGCAGCUGCCAAGCUCAUUACCAAACCAGACAGAAUCUUCCAUGGUACCGUCAUAUUACGGAGUCAAAGUAUAUACAGGUAAUCUGAACGUAUCCGUACGGUACGGGCAGGUCUCGCUACCCACCAACGCCUCAGAAGGCAGACUUCUUGAAACCGCUACCCGACAGCAUCACUUUUCUCUCCCGCCAGCAGCAACAGUCACCGUCACGUCAAACUUCUCGCUGGAACAGUCAUUGAUUGACGUUGUGACAGCGCCCUCGUUUUUCUUCACUUUCUCUAUCUCUCGUCUCUCUCGUUCUAGCCCCUCCGCGACUUGCUCCUCUCCCUCCCUCAUCCCUCUCUUCACCAGCGUGUCCGUUCCUUGGCCCACGCCUGCCAAGUGGAUUUGGACCUGGCAGAUCGGAAUCCCUCGUCCAUGCCACGACCAGGAGGCACGGGCAGGAAGACUCAUCACGGAAAUCGACAUGAGAACGGCAUCGCUGUUACCGGGAAAAAGCUCGCCAAGUCAAAGUCAAAUGGCCACCUGAAUGGCAAUCCUAAUAGUGCACAGUUGCCCGCGCCCUCUUCGCACGCCUCAGGCACUCCGUCAGGUCAACCUCAAGCAAUAACGCCUGCCAAGUAUCACGAACUAGGUGGGAUAACGUACUCAACCAAGAUGGAAUCCAACGGGCGGGCUCAAGCAAACGGAUAUGAACAAGUCAGCGCGACCAUGUCGAACGGACACUCGUUCCCACUCGCUUCGACGAACGGAGGAGUCAUGCCAGCAACUGUGUUUGGGGAUCAAACUUCAACAAACGUGGACAAGUCAGCCGGUGGCGCCUCGUCGUUGAAGAAGACAUCGUCGAACAGCUCGGUAAACCCGUUUUCUUUGGCCUCUGCGAUUCUCAAAUCAUGCCCGAUGUACGACACUAUCGCGAUCCUUAUCUUUCUCUUACAAUUGCCUCCCAUCGUCUUGACCCUUGUCCAGUUUUUGUUUGCAUCUUUGACCUUCAUGCCUCCUGCCGGUGUGUCCACGAACGUUUUGACCUCGAAUUUCGACAUUUUCCAGGGCCCGGCCGGAACUCCGUCACUUUCAACUAUGAUCGCCAUGGAUGGAUUCUGUCUCUUGGUUUGGGGUCUGUUUAUGUGGACGUGGGCGCAGAAUUUUGCCAUAGAUCUCGCUCAGGUCCAGGUUGCGAUCACGAUGGGAGGAGGCAGCUCGGGGAAAAAUGAAGGAGUCAAUGCUUUUUGCGUCAUGAUGGUUUUGAUCGUGCACGUCGUUCGGAGUAAAGGUGUUCAGGACUUUGUUAUCAGUUACCUUUUGUCGGCCAAACUUAUAACUACGGAUACGCUCGCUCAAUAUUCCCACCUGGUUCCUCAAGAAUGGCGACGGAAAGAGCCUCCAUCCCCCCCAAGCUGGUUGCGAAGUCUACUUGCUGUUCAUAUCCUUGCACAAGCAGGCACUGCUAUGGCAAGGCGCUCGAUGGCCAAAAACCGCUCUUCCACACCGUCAAAAUCCGGAAGACGAACUGACACGGAAGCAUCUGCCGGUUCCCCAACUCACGUCGAUUCAUCUGCGUUCGAAUCUGCUACGAAUGGUGCGUCUCUUUUAACCCCUGAUGGUGCUGUCAUAGGACCAUCACUACUAAAGGAAAACCGAGAACGACUUUCCAGCGCAAAGAGAAGACGAAGACAAGCGAAUCAAGUGAGAAGUAGACAACCGUUUUGGGCUGCUUUGGCCAGUACCAAAGUCACCGUUAUGCGAGAGUAUGAUCAUUCGCGAAAUGGAACAUGGUCCACUCCUCACCACCCGGUCACUGAGGACGAUGUCGAAGGGCUUCCUUUGAACGAUGGUUUUAUAUGGAUUACACAGGUAGAUAAUUCCUCGAUUAUGUUCGCGGCAAGCGAUUUUGCUCAAGUAGAUGAUGCUAUAUACGAGAAUAGCGAUCAGGAUGUUCGAGGGCAACCUUUUUAUAUCAGAGUUAACGGUGCUCACUGGGCUCCUGUUACUCUUUCUAGAGUACGUAAGAACCCAGACGAACCCUCGCUUGUCUGCUGGAGAGGUGAAAUUUCCGGGCUGGCGCCAGAUUGUGCGUACACUUGCAGCUUCAUCCGCAACGAUACGAAUGAAACUAUCUGUGUCAUGAGUGUGAAAACUCCGCCCACCCCCGACACAGACCAAGCACUCUCGGCCAUUAAUGUGUCACCGUCGCCACGGCAAUCUCUCCGGCCCUCUUCUCCCACCACUACCAUCAAAAAUUCCAUUGCGAAUGCCGAGGCAAAGUUGAAUGAACGUCGUGCACGGCUCAAGCGGUCAAAAAAUGAUCACAAGCUACUUAUUUCCAAGUUGAAGAAAGAGGUUGAUAACUUCAAUACACGUCUCAGCGGUGGUUCCGAUAAAAAUCGGCAGAGGCAAAGAUUGCUACAACUUGAGCGCACAAUUAAGCAGACCGAAGAAGCUACUAUCGCCAUUGAUGUUCAGUUACGGAAUCUAAAAGCUACCCCGGAAGAGGAACUAGAAGAGUGGAAUUCUCGAAAAUGUGCCUUUGAUCAAGAGAUGGAUCGGGUGAAAUCACUCAAGGAGGAAGUGGACGCCGCAAGGAGGACGGCAAACCGUAGUGUAGCUUCAGCGAAAUCAGAACUGGCCUCGGCCAUCCAGAAGCGGGAGCGACUCCAAGGGCGUCAACAGCGACUAACCGAACAGCAUGAACGCAUUACAAGUGCUAAUAACCAGGGUCUCAAUGAGCUUGAACGGAGAGCGGCGGAGCAGCUUGCUAAGGAACGCGAACGUGCUAGUAUCGAAGAAAGCUUCAACGAUCAAUUAACAAGCAUUACUCGCUCGAUUCAGGAUUAUCAGAUUCGGACGGGGCACCUCUGGCAGCAAGCUACGGCCGUAGAGCAGGCCUACCAGCAGCAGCAACAACAACAAAUGCUGAUGAGUGCAGGGCCCCUCACUCCGGAAGGCAAUCUACCAGGAACCAAUCCACCGCCUCAUGAAGCUGGCACAUCUACGAUGUCUCCAAUGCCUUUGACUACGAAAUCCUUUUCGGGCUCAAUCUACGCCAACUUUGGUGUCAACGAAUCCGGGGGAUUUACCGACCGCCAAACUUCAAUGUCGCCCGUUGUAGCUACUUCCCAUCUGAUGAGUGUGGAGCAGCAACAACCAUACCCUUCCUCUCCAUUGGCUACCGCUGACCCUUUCUUUGGACCCGAACUAAUCACGCACCGCCAUCGAUCACUCUCCAAUUUCUCUGGUGCUAGCUUGCCAGCAGAGCAGCUCCCAACACGACUACGAGAUUCGCCUGAUUCUACGUGCGAGACUAACCCAAAACGUGCAACACAUUUUGGGCCAAGUGCUCGCCGGUUUACCAGAGCUGGUAGCCAAGGCAGCGCUAGCGGUAGUGGUAGCGGCACUGACAGUGGGAGCGGAAGCCCUCAUUCUAGUCGAGAGAAACCGAGUUGGUGCUAAAAGUUGUAGAACGUCCUUUCAUCAUUUCGGUCCUUUUCGAUAUUGCAUUGUUGUCCUGCUACAUCUACCUCCACGUGCCUGCUUAACCCGUCCAACCUUUGGCUUGCGUUCUAGAUACCGGAGAGAAACUAGCGGUGCUACGUUCGAUAGACCUCAAAAUUCUCAUGCAUGACUUCAGCAUACUUUAGCCCUUUCCAAUAUUAUUACUACCCCUAUCGUGCAUCCAGGGACCAACCGCUCAGCACUGUCAACUCAGUUUCUCACUGUAUGUGGCGGAAAUGCUUAGUUACAGCGUACAUUAUACUUUCGAAAAGUCUUACGGACAUACAUGUUUAUAAAACUUUUUCCCUCGGAUUUUGGCGUGUGGUUGGACAAAAUGUACAACUUAAUGUACAGCUUGGAACUUAGGAGUACGUACCCGGGAAGGGGGAAGGAGGAGGAGACGAGAAAACGAAGAGGAAUUCCCCUAUCGAAAGCUUGCACAACUCUCUUUGCCCUUCUUGGCCAUUAGACAAUGCGGGAAGGGAGAACGACUGCCAACCAGCAAUCAGGACAAGAGUAGGUAAAAUUAAAAGAGUUUUCUGCGCACAAAAUCCUUUUUUUGAAUCCCACAAAGAACUAUUUAGGCAUCAGACAUCUUGAGCGAAUAUAUUUAAACCCAUCAUUCCAUCGUUCAGUUGUAUGGCUUUACUUUUUCCUUUCCUUUCAUUCCUCCUUCCUUUCUUUCGUAUUCUGCAUUUUUUUCCACUUUUUUCAUUCUCAUGACGUGAUUAUGAUUUCGUAGAACACCCUGCCUAAUGUGUUAAAUGGAGGCACCCAACCCCACACACGGCUUCCUUCCAUACGCCGAAAAGGGAUAUUAAGAGGUAAAGUCUAUGCUUUCUCUGGGGCCUUGUUCGAUCCUUCAACGUAAGCAUGUAGAGUCCCUGAAUGGGAGGAGUACUUUAGUAUAAAAUUUUAUUUAUUCUAUUGGGAUGAGUGAAGCGAAGGAGAGUGAAAAUAAUCACUAGAGUAAACGCCUGACGGAUAUAUGUAUACAUAUAUCAAAAAAUCCAUCUACAACAAACACCUAGAAAGCACGCAGCUCAAUGUGAACCUCCGUUUCUAC